CCGGGCUCAGAGCGCACCCCGGACUGGCGCCCGCGGCCACCAUGCACCUCUCCCAGCUGCUGGCCUGCGCCCUGCUGCUCACGCUGCUCUCGCCGCGGCCCUGCGAAGCCAAGCCUGGGGCGCCCCCGAAGGCGCCGCGCACCCCGCCCGGGGAGGAGCUAGCGGAGCCCCAGGCUGCAGGCGGGGGUCCCAAGAAGGGCGACAAGGCGCCCGGGGGCGGCGGCGCCAACGCCAAGGGCGACCGGUCGCGACUGCUGAGGGACCUGCGCGUGGACACCAAGUCGCGAGCCGCCUGGGCCCGCCUGCUGCACGAGCACCCAGGCGCGCGCAAGUACAAAGGCGGCAACAAGAAGGGCUUGUCCAAGGGCUGCUUCGGCCUCAAGCUGGACCGGAUCGGCUCCAUGAGCGGCCUGGGAUGUUAGUGCGGUGCCCCCUGGCGGCGGAUUGGCAACUUGCUUCGUUUUGCUGAGGUCACCCCCGGUCAUCAGCUGUGACCUUCCCGGCUCCUUGGAAGCAGCGUGAACUGCAAUGUGGCUUUUACAUCCCCCCUUCCCAUGUGUCCUUGCCCUCGUUCUGGGAGUCACACCAGCUCUCCUGUUACUCUUGGGGGAAGCAGGGGUAUGAUCUUCUUUUUUUUUUGGAAAAUGAAAAAUAAAAAAUGAUAUAUUAUAUAUAUUAUAUAUAUACACCAAACGCCCACACCUGCACCAGCACGAUGACAAGGGGCAGUUUCUCAGAGACUGAGAGCCAGCUGUCACACGCCGCUAUUUGUCAAGCCGUGCCGUGCAUAAAUGUAUUUAUGUUGUAAAGCUAUUUAUAUUGUGUAUAAAGAGAUAUUUAUAAAAAUUUUAUUUAUGUAACGAAACCAGAGAAGUCCAUCAUUGUAAUGUUUCUUGUCUUAACUAGUUGGAAAAUGUAAAACAAACAAACAAAAAAAUGUCCUGCCGUGAACAUC